AUGGCGAAGAGCAAAAACCAGUCCCAGCGUUCCCGCGCAGCACGGAGAGCAGCGUCCCCAAGUCUCGACCUUGAUAAGUCGGUGACUUCACUGCCCCGAGCGGAAUCUCCUACCACAACAAGGCCUUCGGUUCUGGCUGACCGUGCCAAUGCUGGUAUCCAGAAAAAGAAAAAUAAAAAUGAGAAGAUUUCAAGGGCCCAGCGCUUAAGGCAACAAAAGGGAAUGGACCGAGCCGAGGCCGUGAUGGAUCAAUUGGAAAUCAAAAAGGCUAAGAGUCUGGCUCGCGGCAAGGCCGUCAACUCUCGCAGAGCUGAUUGGGAAGAUACCAACCGCAAGACCUUGGCGUUCGACGCUCUUCGACAAGAUGACGACGAGGAUGACGAGGAUGAUGAUGCGAUGGCCGAAGAUUCUGUGCCGUCCGGGAUUCCUGUCGCAAAUAACGUGUUCCAAAUCCCAACCGAAGCCUCAAUCGAAAUUGAAGGCGCCAAUCCCGCAACGGACGAGACUGCGACUAUCGAUGAAGCCGAUGAGAUCACCUGA